UAUAAGCAUAUAGAAACAUACACAUAGUCUUGUGAAAGAGACCUACACGGCUACACCUUGGUAGCCUUUGUUGGCCAACUCCCUCUUCGCUCGCAAUCUUCUCCUUCAGUCCUUCUGUAGUCUAAGGGUGUGUUUGGAUUGAGGUAGGUGGAGGUAAGCUUCUCUAACGAGUACGAGUGUUUUGAGUGAAUCACAUCGGUCCACGAACGAAGAACCGCCGAUAUAUCAAAACCGUCCAAUACGUUUACAUUCCAAUCCUACGGUGUGGCCUCAUCACUUUCAUCCCUAUCUUCCUCCUCGAUCGUGAUUUUGAAAGCUUUCUCGCUUCGCAUCUGAGAGAUCAGUCGACUACAUCUCCGUUGUUCUUCCCUGCAAUGGCACCCCUAAAGGGUCUUCUGUCACUGCAAAGGACUUCACUUCGGCAAUAUAGUCAGAAUUGGGGCCUACAUUCUAGAUUAUCUAGCACUCAAGCUGCGUCGACUGCUUAUACACCACAACCCCCACCUCCUCCUCCACCACCUGAGAAGACUCACUUUGGUGGUUUGACAGAUGAGGAUCGCAUAUUUACUAACUUGUAUGGAUUGCAUGAUCCGUUUCUCAAGGGUGCCAUGAAGCGAGGAGACUGGUACAGAACAAAAGACCUCGUACUAAAAGGUGCUGAUUGGAUUGUCAAUGAAAUGAAAAAAUCCGGACUUCGAGGACGGGGUGGUGCUGGUUUUCCAUCUGGUCUAAAAUGGUCCUUCAUGCCAAAGGUUUCUGACGGCCGCCCUUCGUAUCUUGUGGUCAAUGCCGAUGAGAGUGAACCUGGCACCUGUAAAGACAGAGAAAUAAUGCGACAUGAUCCACACAAGUUGUUGGAAGGCUGUUUGAUCGCCGGAACAGGAAUGAGAGCAAAUGCUGCAUAUAUUUACAUCAGAGGUGAGUAUGUUAAUGAAAGAAAGAACCUUGAGAAAGCGAGACAAGAGGCAUAUGAAGCUGGGUUUUUAGGGAAGAAUGCUUGCGGAUCUGGUUAUGAUUUUGAUGUUCAUAUUCAUUUCGGUGCUGGUGCUUAUAUCUGUGGCGAAGAGACGGCUCUUAUAGAGAGCCUUGAGGGGAAGCAAGGCAAACCUAGGUUGAAGCCUCCGUUUCCCGCUAAUGCUGGUCUCUAUGGCUGUCCAACAACUGUAACAAAUGUGGAGACAGUAGCUGUUUCCCCAACCAUCUUAAGGCGUGGACCGGAGUGGUUUGCCAGUUUCGGGAGGAAAAAUAAUUCUGGGACAAAGUUGUUUUGCAUCUCAGGUCAUGUAAACAAGCCCUGCACUGUUGAAGAGGAAAUGAGUAUCCCAUUGAAGGAGUUGAUCGAGAGGCAUUGUGGUGGGGUUCGUGGUGGUUGGGACAAUUUACUUGCUGUCAUCCCAGGAGGUUCAUCUGUUCCAUUGAUCCCAAAGAACAUAUGUGAGGAUGUUCUAAUGGACUAUGAUGCACUAAAGGCAGUUCAGUCAGGCUUGGGGACAGCUGCUGUGAUUGUGAUGGAUAAGUCAACUGAUAUUGUAGAUGCUAUUGCAAGGCUUUCUUACUUCUACAAGCAUGAGAGUUGUGGGCAAUGCACUCCUUGCAGAGAAGGCACACCAUGGCUUUGGAUGCUCAUGGAAAGAAUGAAGGUUGGAAAUGCAAAGCUAGAAGAAAUCGACAUGCUUCACGAGGUGACUAAGCAGAUUGAAGGACAUACAAUUUGUGCAUUAGGUGAUGCUGCCGCUUGGCCAGUUCAGGGCCUCAUCAGGCACUUUAGGCCGGAGCUUGAACGAAGGAUCAGGGAGCGUGCAGAUAAUGAACUACUGCUGGCUGCUGCUUCUUAAUCAACUGUUUCAUUAAGAAUAAGAUUUCACGAGAGCGAGGCCCCGAGCAAAGGAGCUGUUGUAUGGGAAGUGUAUUUUAUUGUUGAGUUUAUUGUAUAGACAUCUAUCUGACACAUUAGUGAAUCUAUGGAUUUAGUUCCAUUCUUGAUUCUCUAGUGUGCAUUGUGUUGUUACCUGUAAUGCCUAGAUUGCUGGAGCACAGUUUGAGUGGCAGAGUGGCUAUAACUCAUCCAGUUCAUUGAUAAUUGUUGUUCCCUUUGAAAUUUGGAAAUAAAGAAAGAACUUUGUUUGCU